CGAGCGCGGAGAUGAGCGCGGGAUUGUGCGCGAGACCUAGGCCGGCCACGUAGCGAUGCGGGGCAGUGGGUUGUGAGAAUCUUUGCAAAAUGUAAACUAUGAUAAUAAACUAUGAAAAAGCAAAGCACGGCCACGCACUGGAAAGCAUUCACACCUUCACGCACUCAGUGAACAGACCUGAAGACAGGUAGCGCGCAAGAUAAAUAACAACAGUUAGCUAGCUAGCUAGCCUAGCUAUUUAAUAUUUGCGCUCCCGAAGCCUUUACCGCACAUUGCACGAGAUGAGGAAGAGGGCGCUGUCGUCAAGGAUUGUGGAUCGCCGAUGGCUGCUAAAACAAGACGGACUGGUUCCUUGCCUCCCCGCCAGACAUUAAGCUAAAUUUGUCCGCUGUGUGAGAGCGUUGUUAGCUGCGUGUUGCACAAUGUCCUCGAUGUGUUGCUGCUGCAAGAACUGCUUUCCCUGCUGCUGAACGGGCACCACUACAGGAUUCUCUCUCUCUCCGCGUAACAGUUUGCCUGUCCCUGAACAGAGGUAGACACCAGAGAGCAAGAUGGCUCCGUGGAGCUGAGUCCACUACCUGUUCUGCUCACUUGCAUUUGCUCAACUCAUUUUGGAUUCAGUUGUUUUUUUUUUUUUUCUGAAAUUCCUGUGGAACACAUGGAAACCCACUUUGGGUCUGAGUAGUGCUUUUUGCUCGCCCCCUCGUGCAUUUUUGGGGAGGGGUGGGGGGGAUUGGGGUGACCCCCGCCCCUCCUUGAGACACUGGGAGGGGCACUUCAGCAAGCUUCAGCCGAGAGCAGAUAUACACGCACCAACAGACGGCUCUUCCUCUUUCCCUCUCUGCCCCCUCAUGAAAUCUUGCCAGAGCUUCAAGGAGGAGGUUUCGCUCCCCAGCUCGGGCGGGAUGGCGCAGGACGACGGGCGCAGGGCGCAGGCGCCCCAGUCCUACUACCACCCUGCGGCCCCGGAGCUGGACCUCUCUGGCAAGCUGUACAAGCGGGAGGGCGGGGGGAAGCCUUACUCUGUGCUGGUGGAUAACAAGAUGGGGGAGCAGGUCCCAGGGCAGCUCCCUCCUCACCAGGUCAACCAGCAGCAGCAGCAGCAGCAGUACUACAGGGAGGGAGGUGCGCCGGGGCCGGACGGGGGCGCCCAGGGGCCACUGGGGCCCCAGCCGGGCAACAGGGACACCUCUGACGACACAGGGGAGUCCGAGGAGGAGGAGGACGAAGAGGAUGACGAGGAGGAAGAGGAAGAGUCUUUCAAACGGGAGCAGAUUAUCGUGGAGGUGAACCUUAACAACCAGACGCUCAACGUGUCGAAGGGCGACAGCAAGCAGGGCGGCCCUCUCGGCUCCUCCGACCCCUCUGACAGAGUCAAGUCAGGCAGCGAGGAGGAGGACGAUGAGCAGGAGACUCCGGAGGAAGAGCCGGAGGAGGAGGAGGAGGAGGACGAGGAAGAGGAGGAGGAGGAAGAUGAAGACGAAGAGGAGGAGGAGGAAGAGGAGGAGAACGAGAGCCGGAGAACAAGAGCCAAGAAGCCCCGGAGAGGCCCCGCCGCCCCUAGCCAGCCCCAGCGGAAGACCCGCAGAGCCGCCAUGGCGGCCGCCAGCGCCGCGAUGCCCGGCGUCACCACCAGGGGGCGGCAGAAGAGCGCGGAGCCGCCCGAGCGGAAACGGCGGCUCGCCCGCGAGCCCAAGGCGGCGGUGUCCAGGUCAGGCGCCUCCGGCGCGGCGGCGCCCGCGGGCAAGGGCGGCGCGGAGGAGAGAGAGACGCUGGCGUGCGAGAAGUGCCCGCGCGUCUUCAACACCCGCUGGUACCUGGAGAAGCACAUGAACGUCACGCACCGCCGCAUGCAGAUCUGCGACAAGUGCGGCAAGAAGUUCGUGCUGGAGAGCGAGCUGGCGCUGCACCAGCAGACCGACUGCGAGAAGAACAUCCAGUGCGUCUCCUGCAAUAAGUCCUUUAAGAAGUUAUGGUCCCUGCAUGAGCAUAUCAAGAUCGUGCACGGAUAUGCUGAGAAGAAAUUCGCCUGCGAGAUCUGCGAGAAGAAGUUCUACACCAUGGCCCACGUCCGCAAGCACAUGGUCGCCCACACCAAGGACAUGCCAUUUACCUGCGAGACGUGUGGGAAGUCCUUCAAGCGCAGUAUGUCCCUGAAGGUGCACUCCCUGCAGCACUCGGGAGAGAAACCCUUUCGCUGUGAGAACUGUGACGAGAGGUUUCAGUACAAGUAUCAGCUGCGCUCCCACAUGAGCAUCCACAUCGGACACAAGCAGUUCAUGUGCCAGUGGUGCGGCAAGGACUUCAACAUGAAGCAGUACUUCGACGAGCACAUGAAGACGCACACAGGAGAGAAGCCGUUCAUCUGUGAAAUCUGCGGGAAGAGCUUCACAAGCCGGCCCAACAUGAAGCGCCACCGCCGCACCCACACGGGCGAGAAGCCGUACCCAUGCGAGGUCUGCGGCCAGCGCUUCCGCUUCUCCAACAUGCUCAAGGCCCACAAGGAGAAGUGCUUCCGGGUCACCAGCCCAGUCGACUUGCAGCCGGCCGGCCUCCCCAUGCCCCUCCACCUCUCUACCCCCUCUUCCUCUGGCCCAGGCCCCGGUCCCGCCCCCACCCCUGCCACGUCCUCCGCCCCCGCCCCUGCCAGCCCUCCCGCCCCGUCCGUGCACAUGGGCCUCAGCCCCACCAGCGGGGCCCUGCCCCCCCGGGCAGUGGGACACGGCUUCUCCCACCUGCACAUGCACUCAAACCCCUCCCACCACCACCACCACGCACCCCAUCACCACACUCCUCACCCCGCCCAUCACCACCUCGCCGUGCCCCCCGUCUCGCACUUGCCGCCACCCCCAGCCCUGUUCAAGAGUGAGCCCCUCAAUCACCGUGGGCACGAGGACAGUUACCUGCGCCACAUGGGACCCCCUGACAAGAGCACAGGUGCACCCCAGCACCACUAAACACGGCCCACAGUACGGCCAAGGAAGGUGGGCCAUAUAGAGACAGAUGGAGAAAUAUAAAUACUUGCAUACUUAUAUUGUAUGAUUAUGUGCAUCUUUCCUUUCUUCCCCGCUGACAUGGCAUUCUCACAGUGAUACUGACAUUGCAGAAAUCCUGAGAGAAUGUUGCUUUAGCUGGCUUUGUGCUACUCCAUUUGAUGUGAGUCAGUGUGUGUGCGCAGAUGUCUGAAAGAAUCAAAAGUUACUUGGGGCUGUGUUUAACUGGAGCAGUGGGGCUGUGUUUGUCACAUGGUACCUUGACAGAGACCACCACAGUGAGGAUGUUCAGCUGUGCGGUAGGACAUUUUCAUAAUGUAGCUGCCUUGGUACAUUCAGUCAGUUGCAUUACAAUACACCGUAGGGUCAUUUAAAUCCUACUCUCUGGUUCUCACUGUUUAAUGUGUGCGUGUGUGUUUGUUUGUGUGUUUGUAUUCAUACAUGCACAACACUCUGUAAUUUCUAUGAAUUAUUUUCUGGACACUUCUGCCACAAAAUUGGGGGGAUAGUGUAUGUGUGCGUAUGUGUGUCUACCAGUCUUUUGUUAACAAUGCAGUUCACUUUGCCCAAUAUAUUGACAACUCCACUCCAAUAGCCUACCAGGAAGUUUUGCACUUUACCAACGUAUAGCAUUUGCCCGUUCUUUAGUCCAGUUGUCCAAUAUUUUCCAUGAUUCAAAAUCUCAACUAAACAACGCUGUGGAACACUAAUUUUAACUGGAAACGACUCUUCAGAUCAUUUUUUGAUGGCUCUCUGAAGUCAGCAUUACCAGUGCUCUGAUAAAAAAUGAAUGCUCACCACAAAGGUGCUUAUGAAUAUUGGUGGAUUUUGUUAGCCGACACUCUAGCCUUACUGAUAUUUCAGAAUGAUUUUGAAUGUGAUUCCCCUUGACAAUAAGAGCACGCAUAUGGUUUUGAUCUUUCUCUCUCUCACGUGACCAAGGUCAGUGGUCUGAAAGGAACCACUUGCUUGGUCAUGUGAGCAGAUAAUUAGAAACGGCAAGAUCUGGUCUGACUUCCUCGGGUAGGCCGAAACAAGUGAUCUGUCAACACAAUUCUAACAGGAGUCUUUCACGGUAACAACUUCGUCUGGGUGAUUGGCUGCCUUGGAUGUGGAAUUUCUAGAUUGGUCCAACAGUGCGUAUGGUGUUAAAAUUCCCAAGUCAAUCACGCAGGGACAUUUUGCUUGAUCACAUCAUGUUAUUUGUCCUUUGUUGUCAUUAUGGGUGUUCCCUUUUUGACUGCUGCUUUCAGUGGUUGAGACCAAUCUUCCUUUUUUUCCUCUAUGAACGAAUGCUGCUGGCCGCUGCUGAACUGCAGAUGUGAAACAACCUUAGACUGACAGAACUGUGUUCUAAACUGACGUGUUGAAGGGCAGGACUCCUGGUUAACCCGGGGAGCCUGACUUUACCACAGCGCUGUGUCUGUAAUUGUGACGUGCACACACCCAACCCUCAGCUGCUGUGCUCUUGACUCAGGAGAGCACCACUUACUUGCAAUGCCUAGUGGUGACAGUGGCGCCUUCUCUUCCAGCUGUGGAACAGUAGUGUUGUCACUGGUUUCAGGGGUGAGAUGAGAUUAAAGUUGCUGGUACACACACACACACACACACACACGCAAACACACAAACACACACACACACACACACACACACACACCCACUGGCAUUGCUAUUUGUGUUAUAAAUAUGAAACAUUGCCGCUGUUAAGUCAAAUGGAGAGCCUUUUCUGGUCGAGAAGCCUCAUUCUCCCUCCAACUCAGUUGCUGCUUCCAAACCUAUUUAAAAUCACAGCAUUAAAAUCAUCAAACAGCUCUUCAGUUAGACCUUUUUCUUCAUUUUGUCACUUCAUUUUCUGCCACAGUAAGCACAGGACAAAACAAUGAGCUAAAAAAAACCCUGCUUUUUAAGUUUGCCCUCUCACGUAGUCACACUUAGACACUCAACAGUCAUUUCCACACGGAUGUUUGCUUUCUGCAAUACAGACCACUCUUCAUCACACACACACUGUACUCAAAACUGAAGACAGUCAAAUCCUUUUGAAUGUUGCUUGAAUGGGACCCACAGCGUCAAGUGUCUCUGGAUCAUUAAAGAAAAAGUGUGUUUUAAAAACUUUUGUUAGGUAAAAGAAUGCAUUUGGACAUUUGUCUUUGGAAGAACAAUAGUUCUGUCAGACUCAC